CCUGAAAACUUGUCAGAGAAGAGUUUUUUUUUCUUUCUUUCUUUUUUGGGAUACAGUGUGUUUGUCUCAUACCGUUUUUGAUCCAUUUCGUGGCCCCGGGUGGUGCUGGUGGAGCGCACAGCGGGAGGCGCAUUGUCUGUAUGCAAACUGGACGGCAUGGCCAUUGUGCGCGUUUGGGCAUAUAUGGAGGCACCGAUGGCUCGGAGGAUACAGCCCGUCUGAAGUGUCAGGAGUGGAGAGUCGCUCUUCGGCUGCGUUGUGCGCGCUUCUCUCCCCCGACUUUCUCUCUCUCGUUCAGCGCUCCGGUCCGUCGCUAUGAGUUGCCUGGAUGUGAUGUACCACCAAAGCUAUGGAGCGCACUACCUCCCUGCAGCGGCGUACAAGGCGACAUACUAUAACCACCAUCACCAGCAACAACAGAGAAGGCUGAGUGUCUACAGUAAGAUGCAGGAGUGUAUGGAGCAGCAGCAGCAGCAGCAGCAGCAACAAGGAGGAUUAAGAGGGAUGCUUUCCAGAGAUCAAGGCCUCCGGCAGGCUCCUGCGGCGCCAGGAGUUGGAUCAGGCCGGAGAUCCGCGUCCGAUUCGGAGCUGAAGGAUGGUGCCCAGCCAGCCGAGGCAGAGUACUUGAGCUCGAGGUGUGUUCUGUUCACCUACUUCCAAGGGGACAUCGGCGACGUUGUGGACGAGCACUUCUCCCGGGCGCUCAGCCAGUCCAGCACCUUCAACAGCGAGACCAAGCCGAUCAGGGUGACUCAGCCGUCGGCCUCAGCCGCCGCCGGCCUGUGGAAAGAUGGUGGGUGUCUCUCUGAGAGUCAGAGCAGCUCAGUGUGGAACAACACCUAUCCAACCCAGGCCGGGUCUUGCCUCCCAUCGGUGUCUGUCUCGGUCCACCCCGACUUCUCCUCCAGCCCUGUUUCCUUCAACCACCCGGAUGGAGCCCUGUGGGCAGACCACGUGCUCUCCCAGGCCAGCCUUCCCUCCCCGGCCACCCUCCCCGAAAGCUGGACCUACAGCCUGAACCCCCAGAGCACAAGCGGCUACCCCAACGUCCACAACGUCUACCACGCUCACCCCCACGCCCACAUCCACACCCGGCACCACCACCCCAUGCUCCAUUCAUACCCGACCCACGGUCCGGCGCUGGAUCCGAGGUUUAACCCUCUGCUGCUGCCCGGUGUUCGGAACCAGAACCAGCCGACUGCCAGCGCAGGGAGUCCUCCACACAGCGAGGGAGUGAAGACAGAGAUGGACCCCAGCAGCAACAGCCCAAUCACUGCUACCACUGUUACCUGGACCCCCUCGGCCCUCCAUGGAUCCUUGGAGGUGUAUGACACAGCUCUUGAUCAGGCCAAACCAAAGACGUCAGUUUGGUUCUAACUGACGUACUGAGAACAAGAAGGAAUAUCGAUUCACACCAAAAAGGACCUACUCUGUGGCUCUAUCAAUGUAUGGCUGCAACACCAGCACUGUAAUGUACAAUGUAGAUAGACGGCUUAUUGGUUGGCUAUGAGUCCCGCACUGUCCACACGACUUAUUAUGGAUAUGAACUCAGGCUUUGGACGAGCGAUCCAGUGCUUUGGCUGCAGGUCAAGGCCCUUGAAGAACGAUACAGACUACUAGCUUUAAGAAUGGGAGGCCUCUUCUUCUCUGUCGGCACCAAGCACCAGUUUUUCUUUCAUGCAAUGUGAGACCAAGUGGUUCUGUUUCAAGAGCUCGAUUUUGAUCCACAUGUUGUUUUGUACAGUAAAUGUUUACGACUGUUAAUGUUUUCGUGUGUGUGUACAGUUUUGCCAGGCUAAGUUGUUGUUUGCUGGAUGACCUCUGCUAAAACGUUUGCCUGAAUGCUACUUCACUAUUUCUCCGUUGCGGGUUGUGUAGUGUAAAUAUUGGUACUGUAUGUUUAAGUAAUAAA